GGUGUUGGAAACUCUGAAGGCACUUCAUAAGUUUGCAAUUUCAAAUUCAAUGUCUGUUUUUUGCCGAAGCAUGCCUCUUGUUUAUAUCUUUGAGUUAACAAAAUCUUUUUUGGGGUCCAAGUAUGUUUCAUACAAGAACCAUGAAACUCAAACUUUGCAACGUUUUCUCAGCUUAUCUACUGCAUACUUUGAGAAUGUGUUUCCUUUAGAUUGGCGGGAAUCAUUAACAGAGAGUAUGAUUUCUCUAAGAGGGAGUGAGCUUUCCCGGAACGUUCUUGAGGAGGUUAUUCUUGAUAACCUUGUAAACAUCAAGGGUGACCUAACCUAUGGCCAAAUUGGGAGGAUUUUAAUGAUAAGGCUUGGUUCAGGAAAGCCAACUGAUGAACUAUACAAGAAGAUUGCAAAGAGUUUUGAAAAGUAUUCACCUUGGGGCGGGUUCAUUAAGGAGCUAAGUGGAAACAUAAAAUCAGAAUUUGCACAGGAAUCUGUAUCAGGCAAUUCCUGUGAGGCUCCAAGAGCGGUGUCUUCUGUAUACAAGUUUUACGAAGCUUUGAAAGAUACUUAUUAUAAUGCCAACUGGAGACAAGCUGACUAUAUAUCGCCUAGUUGUUUCUUGUAUCUUAUAGAGCGACUUUUGAUAUUUGCAUCUGGCUUUCAGGGAUUCCUUCUCACCACAAAAUCUUCGUUUGUUGAAUGGCUUAUUUGCGAGCAAUCAAAUGCCGUUGGAACUGCUAAUUUAGUAACUGACAAUCGAUUUUCUGUGAGCUGCAUUUAUGAUUUUGUCGCUUCCAUAAUCAAGGAUUUCUUGUACAACAAGCAAGAUACAGCAGAAUGGAUUAAAAAAUCUCAUAUCAAUUUCAAUCAUUACUAUCCACUGCUGUUGUUGAGAUUGAUGGUUACAUUGUGCUUGCUUUGUGUGAACUGUGGAACUGGAAAGUAUCUUGAUUUACUUCUUGAUUUGAUGGGGAGAAGUGAUAUUACUAAGGGGCUACCGCCGGAAUUCUAUGAUGUCCUUAGAAGGAGGAGACACAAUCAUGUGAAAAUAGAUGUAAAUGUACUUGCAGAAGCGUGCAAGAAGAUUGGGAAUCCUCUUGUUAUAGCGAGCUUGGGAGAAAAUUGUUCAACAUUUUCAUGUCCUGAUGCCAUUUUUGUCGACAUGAGAGUUUCCCGGAGCAGAGAGGACAUCAUGAGAUUGUUGUUUCCUAUUAACAACAAAACUCGUCGAGGUCAAACUGUAGCGGUUGAAGUGGAUAGAGCGAAGAAUUCUAAGGCUCCACCUUCAAACUUAGCUGCCAUGGCAGAUCAGAAGAUGAACAGUCAGAAUAUAAAUGAAGGCAACGUGCAAAUGAAUUGUGGAAUCUUUGUGCAAAUAUCUGAUGCUUUAAUGUUGGUAGAGAGCGUAGGAGAUGGAAACGUUACAAAAUUUGUGUCUAGUGCCUCGAAGUUAAAGGUCAAGGUAGAGAAUGGUAUAGGCUUUGUUUCUGCUGCUUUGUUUAAAGCCUUUGAGAAGAAGACUUGUGAUGAUGAGGAUGGAAACCUUCUUGUUGAAGCAAACUGCAUGCUUGAUGAAUUGAAGCAGCUAUCUUCUGCACUGGAUAUGAGUGAAACGGAACUAGAAGAAAACAUUUCAACAAUCACCCAACUCUUGGAAAGCCUGCACUUGAGAAGGCCAAGGCUGGAAACAUUCUUGAACCAGCUGUUCGUUCUUAACAAUACGAAUGCUGAUGAAAAGGAAGCUCAUCAUAGCAAUGUGGAGGAAACUAGCAACAAUAGUGAGGAGGAGACUAGCAACAAUGUUGAGGAAGAAACUAGCAAUUCUGAUAAAGGGAAGGCGUUGCAGGUUACUGGUGAUUCUUCGGGAACCAAAAACAAUGGCAAUGGUGGCGAUGCUGAAAGCAACAAGGGGAAGGGAAAUAGCAAGUCGAAGAAGGGUAAAAAAGGAAAUAACAAGUCGAAGAAGGGUAAAAAGGGGAAAUAGCAGCUCUAAAUUUCGGAAAAUUCUAUUUCCACACACCAAAUUAUCCAUGUGUACAUCUUUUCUCAAUCCACACAUUUAAUAAUUUGAUUUUUACUUCUUUAUCUCAGUCUACACACUUCACAUUUCAAAUAUACCCUCACCUUGUGUACAUCCUCUUUUAUGAUAGUUGAUUUCCUGAAUAGGUGUGAUAUUUCAUAUACCAUAUCAUAAUGAGUAUGAACUGAUGUGAAAUGUCAAGUGAAAACGAGUUUGGAUCCUCUGCCACCUUUUCAUCAUAGUAAUCUCUUUGAUUUAAGCAUUGCAUCAUUUUUUUUUUUGUUGCUGCGUCUCAACAGUCAUUCAACAGCAGCGAGUUAUAAUACAGAGCAACCAUGGGGACAAGCUUGUGGGGAUAUUGCAUGAAAUAGGUUCUAAAGAACUUGUAAUCUUGUGCCAUGUAUUUAGAUCCUCAAAGGAUCGCAUUCUUAUGGUAAUUCUUGCUGUUGUUCUAGGGAAAGCAAGAAUUAGUGCCUUCCGCUUUGACUUUGCUGGCAAUAGGUAAGUUGUUGGGAGUGAAAUUCAGUAGAAUUAUGGAGAAAUUAUGAGAUGGUGGUGGGUGAGAUGGUAAUUUUGUUAAAGGAUAAUUCUAAAAAAUUUAUUAAAUGCGUGUAGUAAGGAAACUUAGUGUUUGGAAAUAAAAUUUCCCCUAAAUUUCUAAUGGCUUGGCUUUUUUAAAUAAAAAAAUAUAUAUUAUUGUGUAAAUUGCUUUGUUUUUGUAAUCUUCUUAUCUCUUAUUUUCACUGGGCAAAUCAACUGAGAAUUUUGUUCAAUCAAGGAUUGUUAACAUCAGUGUCUAUAAAACAGAAUUCUAUAUAGAAUUUAGAUGGUGGUGACAUAUUUUUAAUUGGCCAAAUCAUUUGGUAACAAUAUUUGAAUCCAAAUCAUGAGGUUCAUUCAUUUUACAUUAUUUUUAUAGCUACUAAAUUGUAAGAAGAGAUUGCUACAUUUGAGUAAUUACCUUUUUUUUUUAUUUAUUUCUUUUUCUUUUUAAUUUUGUACAAUGCAUGAUGCGAGUGAUGAACAAGCUUGAACAUUAAAUGGUGAAGGUGGAGGGUGAUACAAACUAACCAUCAGUUGUGCUAUGAACACAUAAGAUUUUUUACAGAAUAAGGCUCAUCCUCUAUUGCCUUCGAAUUCGAAUCGAGAAAUUGCGACAA